AAGUAAAAAGCCUGUGGGCAAGGUGUUUACCCAGUUUUUAGAUUAUUUUAAAAAGUAGUUUUAAAAGAAAUGUCUAAUGAAAAUACCUUAGAUUUGCAUUACGUUCAUCAGAGCUUCCAAAGGAGUCUAAAAGAAGAAGACGAUGUAGUAAUAGAGGCUUAUAUAGACGGAUACAAUGAGCUAGUGAAGUUCUUAAACCUGAUCGGGUCAGUGUUCUCAUUUGUGAGUAGUGAUGUAAAGAGCAAAAUAAAGGUGAUGGAAAAACACAGAGAGGGUGACGAUGCUAUUUAUUACGAGUCCUUUAAGAAAAUGAUGAAGUACGAAAAGGAGACUAGUUUACACGAAAAGAAUGGCUUUGUUUCUGGUUCAAGGACCAUGCUCCGAUUACAUAGAGGAUUGGAUUUCAUUAGAUUAUUUCUGAAGCGUCUAAGUGAUUCUGAUGAUGCUGUAAACACAUGUACAACCUGCCAGGGUUCAUAUAAUGAGACAUUGGCUGAAUUCCAUCCUUGGUACAUAAGGAAAGCGGCAACACUGGCAAUGCAUGCACUCCCCAACAGACCUGAUUUAUUAAAAAAGAUCUUCGGUACCGAGGACAGACUUACCGAAGCGAUGAUCAUUCUGCCUCAAACUCUGCAAUCCUGUGACGAAGUGUACCGACGAGUGGAACAACUCUACACUGAUUUCGAAUUCCACGGCUUGCCAUAGACAAUAACCAAAGGCCAAAUAAAUCGGUACACUGUGUGCUUCGAAAUUCAUGAUUAAAAUUGUGUUGAGACGCUAAGGUAAAUUGUGAGACAAAUUAUUAACUAAGGCAGCAAAGUAGUCACACGUUUGGAAUGCGAAUUUCCCGACGUUUUACGUAAUAAGAGCGUCGUUGGCUCAGAGGUUAAAGUACUUGAAUUGUAAUCUACAUGUCCAGGCUUUGAAACCCGUCAUGUACCAAUGUGAUUUUCGAAUUUAAUAUGUACUCCGAAAUUCGCGGUGUUCCACUUCGGGAAAAAUUGCUUUGUUUAUCGCAAUGAGACUCCGCACCUACAAAUAACUAUUAAGAUAUCACUGAGUGGUGCAAACAAAGGUAUAAUAAUAAAAAGAAACUAGCCCAGUAUCAGUAAACGACGUUUUUUCGUAGACACAUUUAUAAGCUGCGUUGUAUUGAUUUAUAUUCCGCAUCUCGUUUCAAAAUUUUUGAAGUAGAACACCGCCAGUAUCCGCGACUAUACAUAUUUUAUGUGAUUGUCUAUGGCCUAGUCAGCCCCAUACUUAAGGUCGGGACUAUGGCCUAGUCACCUCCUUACUUAAGGUCGGCUUCGAGCCCCGAAGUGUUGAUUUUUACCCUUCCCUUUGACCAUUGUACAGCGAUCACAAAGCUUCAUUACUUUGAUUGGACAUUUCUAUUUUUCACGACUAAAACUUUUUUGCACACUGUACAAUGAUGUUCUAUGUAACACUUUCCUUUGCUCUAUGUAUUUGUAUACAAAGAUAAUAAUAUUUGGGAUUUAAUUAACAAAAUUAUAUUUAUCGUCAUAUUGAAUCGUACCAUGAUAAAAAUAUUACAUCAAUUUUGUAUAUUGAGAACAAACUUAUCAAAAUUUUAUAAUUGCAUGCAUCUGAUAACAAUGUAAUGCUUACAACGCGUUUUAUAAAAAAAACCUUUCAUAGGUGCUAUCAAAGCUCCAUAUGAGUUAAAAAAUCUGUUUUGUGGUAUUUCCCAUCUUUACCAAUUAAUUUCCUCGUUUGUAAUCAUUGCGGGGAAUACCCUAAUGCCGGCCAACAAUAUUAAUGACUGUUAGGUCGCUUUUUCACUGAACCACUGACGAUAUUUCUGUUCUUUUAGUUCAUUGACUGUAAACAAGAUUUUAUUAUUUUAAUACUUUAAGAAGUAAAUUUAUUAUGUUUUAUUUAUCAGCAACAUUCGACGUUUUAUCAUUUAAUAAUAUCACUUAUAGAUAACGUUUGAUACGCGUGGAUUAAUUUGAAAUCAAGAUAAUAAAUCUAGCGGUGUAAAGGAAAUUGAACCUUAUUGCAAUUGUUUUUUAUCGCAUGCGAAGUAUCCUAAAAUCCUGAUAGAGAAUACAUCGAUUUUCCAUUAACAAUAAGUUCCACAAUCGGGUUAUCUAUUUUAGUCAGGUUACUUUUGUUUUAUCGCUGUACUGUUAAUAUAGCUGUGAAACUUUAAAAACAACAUGCUUGCAACUCUAAGGGGUCAGUAGAGAUGACGGAUUUGGCUCGAUCUUGAACACCGAGAUUUUAAUACGGGUGGUUUUCUUAAGUAUUAUAUCAAUCUGUAAAUUAUUUACCCUUUCACUGUAACAUAUGACAAUUAACACUAAUUCAUUCUUAUUUCUAGUGUUUCAUUGUAAAAAAGAAUCAUCAAAAUAGACCAGGGCCAAGGGUUUUCUUACCUAAUUUAAGUCCCUUUCUCUUUACCACCCUUUUCUUAUGAGAGGAUGGGAAGGGGAAGUUGAUUUAACGACG